AUGGUGACUUCUAGUGUUGUCCUAGUGAGUGGUGAAGGUGAGCGAUUCACCGUAGACAAGAAAAUUGCAGAGAGAUCACUUCUAUUGAAAAACUAUCUGAACGAUAUGCAUGACAGCAACCUACAAAACAACUCCGAUUCAGAAUCAGAUUCAGACUCAGAGACAAACCAUAAAAGCAAAGACAACAACAAUGAUGAUGAUGACGACGAUGACGACGAGAUCGUGAUGCCCGUGCCCAAUGUUCGGUCUUCUGUUUUGCAGAAGGUUAUCGAAUGGGCAGAGCACCACAGAGACUCCAACUUCCCUGACGAAGACGACGACGAUUCCAGAAAGAGCGCUCCCGUGGACUCAUGGGACAGAGAAUUCCUGAAAGUGGACCAAGAGAUGCUAUACGAAAUUAUCCUGGCGGCAAACUACCUCAACAUCAAACCUUUGCUUGACGCAGGUUGCAAGGUCGUUGCCGAGAUGAUUAGAGGAAGGUCUCCCGAGGAAAUAAGAAGGACAUUUAAUAUCGUCAACGACUUCACCCCAGAGGAGGAAGCUGCCAUUAGACGUGAAAAUGAAUGGGCCGAAGACCGUUAG